AUGGCUAACAAAAACCAGUAUAAACCGGUUCUGCUCAUCUUAGCACAAAAUGCCAGACCCACCCUCCCGAAGCUCAUCCUUAGCACCGUGGCUGAGUCCAAAGAGCACAAAGGUGUGUCUUUGUCGGCGGUGAAGAAGGCACUGGCCGCUAAAGGUGUGGAUGUGAGCAAGGCUAACAAACGCAUCAACACUGCUGUCAUUAAGCUGGUAACAAAGGGCACUUUGUCCCAGACUAAAGGCAGUGGUGCCUCCGGAUCUUUCAAGCUUGCAAAGAAAGAGCCCAAAGCCGACAAACCAGCGAAGAAGGUCGCAAAGAAGGCUCCAGCCAAGGCAAAGAAGCCUGCUGCAAAGAAAGCGACACCCAAGAAGAAGGCUGCAGUCAAGAAAGUAGCAGUCAAGAAGUCCCUGAAGAAGGCAGCAGCCAAGAAAACCCUGGUGAAGAAGGCAGUCAAAAAGCCAGCUGCUAAGAGUCCCAAGACGGCUGCCCCGAAGAAGGUGGUGAAGAAGACUCCAGUGAAAAAGGCUCCAGCUAAGAAAGCACCAGCCAAGAAGACCAAGAAGUAA